ACGGGCUGCACCUCGCACAGGUUGGCCCGCCGCGAGGCUCACGGUGGCGGUGGCCUCAGUAUUGCCCCUCCGAUCGGCCGACACGAAACCCGCGCGCUGCCGCCGCCGUUCGCUCGCGGCUGGAUCGGGUUUUUAUUUAACGACCGUUGACGCAACCCAUCCGUCGGCGCGCAUCGCCCGCCGCGCUGACCUCUUCGAUAAGAGCGGUGCACUUCCUCCGCGCCUGCUCCGCCGCGGCCGGCGAGACGGCCAGCAUCGCCAGCAAGCAAUUAUCGCUCCGGGCGCCGGUCACCGCAUCGCAUAGUGCGCCGAAGAUAUUCGCUGUGAAUACCGAGCAUUUAUUUUUGCAUCCUGCGCGCCAACUCGCGAGUCUGACCGCGAGGCUGUCGCGAGAACGAAUUGCAUCAUCGUCGCCGCAGAUCCGCAAGGAACGCCCGCCCCACGCCCCGCCACGCCCCACCGCCGUGAGCGAGGAGGGGAAGGAGGUCCUCCUCGCCCAGCAGGGCCCACGCCGCCGCCACCACCGCCACCACCACCCCGGCCCCAGCAUGCUGAGGGCGCGCGCCUGCACGCCCGCUGGAGCCACCUGAUACCUCCCAGCCAGCGCAGCGUGCAGGCCCGGGCGCGAUGACGUGCUCGCCGCGGGGGCUGGACGCGGCCGCGGCCCCCGCCACGCCGCUGCCGCCGGACGCCGAGGUGCGGGUGUACCGGCGGCGCUGGCUGCUCCUGGGGCUCUUCGCCUCCGUCAUCGCCCUCAACGCGGUGCCCUGGCUGCAGUACUGCGUCAUCGAGGACGUGGUCGUGCGCUACUACUCGGUCCCGGAGGAGGUCGUCGAGUGGACCAGCCUCGUGUUCAACGUGACCGCCAUGCUGCUCGCCUUCCCCGCCGCCUGGCUGCUGGGGCGCCACGGCCUGCGGACCAGCGUGCUGGUGGGCGCGGUGGGCACGGCGCUGGGCAUGUGGCUCAAGGUGGCGGGCUGCUGGCCCGACUACUUCUGGGUGUCGCUGAUGGGCCAGGCCGUCGUGUCCGCCUCCACCAACUUCGUCAUCAACUCGCCCGCACGCUUCGCCGCCGUCUGGUUCCCGGACAACGAGGUGUCCAUGGCGCUGGGCGCGGCGCUCUUCGGCCAGAUGGCCGGCUUCUCGGUGGGCAGCGCGCUCGCCCCGCUCACGGCGAGGUCGUCCUGGAGCCAAGAGGACAUCUUCUGGGGCUUUCUGCAGCUCAACCUCAGCCUGGCGGCGCUCGCCACGGUCCUUCUGGUCCUCGUCAUCUGGCUGUUCCAGGACGCGCCGCCGCUGCCCCCAUCCCCGGCCCAGGCCUCCGCCAAGGCGGCCAAGGCCUCUGCCGACAAGAGCUCGUCGGCGCAGUCGCUGGCCUCUGACCAGCCCCUCACCCCCACCGCCACCUCCAACUUCAUGGCCUCCAUGCGGCGCAUCUGCACCAACCUGCACUUUUUGCUGUUGCUGACCUCGUACACGCUGCUCGUGGCCGUGUUCGUCGCCAUCAACACCCUGCUCAACAGAUUCGUCCUCGAGUUCUUCCCGGACCGGGGAGCGGACGCGGGCUGGCUCGCCACGCUCAUGACGCUGACGGGCAUGGGCGGCAUCGCGGUGGUCUCGGCCGCGCUGGACAGGACCAAGUGGUUCAAGGAACUGUGCGUGGCCGUGUACGCCGGGUCGCUGGCCACCUGCGUCAUGUACACGGUGGUGCUGGGCAGGAGCUCCAUCGACAUGGUGUACUGGGCGGCCGCUGGGAUGGGGAUGUUCAUGUCGAGCUUCUUCGUCGCCGGGCUGGAGAUGGCGGCGGAGCUCACGUACCCUGAGCCUGAGGGUAAUCCGACCUCUAUCGUCAACUGGAUGUUCCAGCCGUUCUCGUUGGUGACCACCCUGGUCUACGCACGCCUCUUCGCGGACUUCGGCGCCGACGCAGCGAACUACUUUCUGUGCGGGCUGUUGGCCCUCGGGCUGGUGGCCACCAUGGCCACACCCAAGAAGUACAUGAGGCUGCACGCGGAGGUCUCCUCCCGAGGCGGCGAGGACGCCGUCAAAGCCCCAACAGCCGCACCCCCACCGGCGUGACGGUGGCCGCGCCACCUAGAACGUCACUUUUGUACCUUUUCCAUGAGAAUUUUCUACCAGUUGCAUUUUAAAAUGGCUGUGGCAUUUCGAAGUUAUUUAGACCGUCCCUGAGAGAGUAGAGUGGGAAUAACGGCAAGCACAGACGAAGUUUCUCACCGAGUGAAAAUUGUGCCGAUGGGCUGCCUACUGUGUUUUUAACAUCUAUACCCUUUCUCCUCUAUACUCUUUCUUAAAUGUUUGUGAUUUACAAUUGGCAUACCUAUGAAUGCUGUGAUUGGUGCUAAAAAGUUUGUGAUUUACAAUUUGUAUACCUAAAUGUAUAGUCCGGAGGGAAGCUGCUAUAUGCAGACCAAGUUUGCGACUGCUGUCUCCGGCAGAAAUAGAUUUUAAGAAAGUAAGGAAGAAAGUCUUUAUUACUUAAAACCGAACUGUAACAAUAAAAUAAUGACUAAAACAA